CCGCGUCCAUCGAACUCCACUUUCUGGGAAACAGCCACUGGAUGUUGCCGAAAGACCGUUUUGCACAGUAAAAUCGCCUUUCACACCUUCAUAUAUAAACCCUAAUUUCAGUCCCAGCUUAUCUGGAUUGGGGUGUGGGGAGAGAGAGGGGCAGAAAAUGAAUUCUCUUCAACCCUUGAAAAGCCCCUGUUUCAGCCCCACCCAAAUCACAGCCUCUUCCUCAAAAACCUCCAAUUCCAGUUUUACCCUUUUCACCUCUACCUUGAAAAACCCUAAUUCCAACCAAACCCAAUUCACAUCUCCAUCCCAAAACACUAAUUCCAAACCCACGCAACUCAUCUCUUCGACAAGCCCUACCCAUUUCACCUCUUUCUUGAAAAACCCUAGUUUCCUAGGGUUUAAGCCAUUCCGCCCAAGGGCUCGAACCCAGAGAAUCGAAUGCAGCGGAAUCAACGGCCCAGCUGAAGAAACGAAACCCAUCGUGGAAUUGAAGAGUGACGAUAGCGGUGGGAAGGGGGAUGGCGGUGGAGGAAAUGGCGGGGGCAGCAGUGACGCCGGGGAGAGCAAGAGCCCAUUGCCGGAGUGGCUGAAUCUGACGUCAGAAGAUGCGAAGACUGUCUUUGCAGCGCUUGCUAUAUCACUUGCUUUCCGCUCGUUUGUCGCCGAGCCUCGGUUCAUCCCUUCCUUGUCAAUGUACCCGACUUUCGAUGUCGGAGAUCGGAUUGUUGCUGAAAAGGUUUCAUACUAUUUCAGAAAGCCAUGCGUGAAUGAUAUAGUGAUUUUCAAAAGCCCACCGGUCUUGCAGGAAGUAGGAUAUACCGAUGGGGAUGUCUUCAUUAAGCGGGUUGUUGCCAAGGAAGGUGAUGUUGUGGAGGUGCAUGAUGGGAAGCUAAUGGUAAAUGGGGUUGUGAAAAAUGAAGAUUUCAUCCUUGAGCCACCUUCUUAUGACAUGAGUCCCAUUACACUGACAGCAAUUGUGCAUCGCUACCUUUUUUUCUUGCAAAAUGCCAUUGAUUUUGGGUCUGUUGUUUCUGCAUUUGUUGUGAUGCAGCAUGUACCAGAAAAAUCAGUCUUUGUGAUGGGUGACAACCGCAACAACAGUUAUGAUUCACAUAUCUGUCCAAGCUGUUCAUUCUCAACAGGGGCCCACUUCCUGCAAAGAAUAUAUUAGGAAGGUCGGUGUUGCGAUAUUGGCCACCUAAAAGAAUUGGCAGCACGAUUCUGGAGGGUGGUUGUGGGGAUAUCAAACCAAAGAGCAGUCCAGCAUUGCCGUCAUGAGAAUUCCGAUUCCCAGAUAAUCCAAGGAGCACUUUGGUGGAUGUUUCCGAGCUCUUGGUUAGCUGAACACCAUACUCAUGAGCCCUUGCAAGUCACAUGCGUGCAGUCUUCAAUCCAAGAAACCAUUUUCCCUACUGGUUUCUUGCAUGGAUUGAUCCCUUGUUCUUUAUCUUGUAAUUUCAGCUAAUUAUCCAAAAUGGAAAAAAAUGUCAUUGUUUUAGCUU